AUGCAGACCAAGCACUUUUUCUCCGAUCCGAACCAUCUGGUUCUGACCGCACUCAACUCUCUCACCCUCACAAACCCUACGCUAGCCUUGGACGUCCAAAACAAGAUCAUCUUCCGCCGCCCAGAUGCUCCCCGCAGGCCCGGCAAGGUCUCCAUCAUAACCGGUGGUGGCUCGGGCCAUGAGCCUGCUUUUGCGGGCUUCGUCGGUAAAGGUCUCUGCGAUGCGUCAGUUGCUGGAACUAUUUUCGCCUCGCCUUCGGCAGAGCAGAUUCGCAGAGCGGCAAUUGAUAGAGUCCCCACGGACGCUGGCGUCCUUAUUCUUCCUAAUAACUAUACCGGUGAUGUGUUGAACUUUGGUAUGGCUGCUGAGAAGUGCCGUGCUGCUGGUAUUCGUACCGAGUUCUUUGCUAUCAAUGAUGAUGUGGGUGUUGGUCGGGAGAAGGGUGGUAAGGUCGGACGUCGUGGUAUUGCUGGUGGUGUUCUCAUUUUGAAGAUGGCUGGUGCUCUGGCUGAGACUGGUGCUUCCCUGGAAGAGGUUUACCAGCUUGUACAAUUCGCCAAUGAUAAUUUGGUCUCGAUUGGUUCUUCGCUAGAGCAUGUCCACGUUCCUGGCCGUGGUGUGCCGGAAGAUUUCAUCCCCGAAGGCGAAGUCGAGAUUGGCAUGGGCAUUCACAAUGAGCCUGGCUCCCACCGCGCAAAGGCCGAUCUGGUUGAGACAGUCUCGACUAUGCUCAAGCAUCUGCUCGACCAGAACGAUGCUGAUCGCGCCUUCGUGAAGCGCUCUCCCGAGAAUGAGUUCGUUCUGUUGAUCAACAACCUGGGUGGGGUUAGCCCUAUUGAAUUGGCUGGUAUCACCGACGAGGUACACCGUCAGCUGGUCCGUGAUCACCAGGUCAAGCCCGCCCGAGUGCUUCAGGGCACUUUCUUGACCAGCCUGAACGGUAUGGGCUUCAGCAUCUCGCUGCUGCAACUGGCCGACAAUGGCAUGGGUCCUGGCAAGUCGAUGCUCGAGCUGAUUGAUGCCCCUGCUGAAGCUGUGGGUUGGGCUGCUCCCAUCUCCGCCUCUGCAUGGAACGAGCGCAUCGAUACAUCUGUGGAACUCAAGGUAUCCAAUCUCGUCGACGAAACCCCGAGUAACCUGGAGCUCGACCCAGCCAUUAUCAAAAAGGUCCUCAGCGCCGGCCUCAAGCGCGUUAUCGCCGCCGAACCCGACGUAACCCGCUACGACACCAUCGUCGGCGACGGCGACUGCGGCAUCGGCCUCAAGCGCGGCGCUGAAGCCAUCCAGAAACUCCUCGACAACUCCUCCCCCGCCCUAACCCCCGACGCCGUCACCACAGUCCUCCGCAUUAUCGACGUCGUCGAAAACGUCAUGGACGGUACAUCCGGCGCCAUCUACGCAAUCUUCCUGAACGCACUCGCCCACGGGCUCCGCGACCAAGACACCGGCUCUAAACUCCCCGUCACGACGGAAGUCUGGGCGAAGGCGUUGAAACACUCCGUUACCGCAUUGGCCAAGUACACGCCCGCGAAGCAGGGGGAUCGCACGCUGAUUGAUGCGUUGGUGCCGUUCUGCGAUACGCUGCUUGAAACGCUUGAUGUGCGGGUUGCGGCUGCGGCGGCGCAGCAGGGGAGUGAGUCGACUAAGAGUAUGAAGGCUAGUCUGGGGAGGUCGGUUUAUGUUGGUGGGCAGUCGGAGUGGAUUGGGAAGGUGCCUGAUCCUGGUGCUUAUGGGUUGAGUGAGUUUUUGACUGGGUUGGCUGAGGCGGUUUAG